AUGCCACAGCGGAAGGACAAAGGUUGCUCGAUUUGCUCCAAGCGAAGGAUCAUCUGUGAUCUCGGCCAACCGAGCUGUCAGAAAUGUCUCGGCAGAGGAUUUACUUGUCCUGGGUACGGUCCGAGACUUCGAUGGGUUCAGGGCGUGGCUCUUCGCGGUCAUCUUCGGGGAGUCCAAUUUCCUGUCCCUGGGCCUCCAGUAUUGACCUCCUCGCCAAAUAUCGACAGCAACACCCAACAGCUAUUAGACUAUUAUGACAAGCACAUUGCUGGGUUGAUGGUCUGGUUCGACUCCGAGAAGAACUACUAUCGCCAAAAGGUUCUACAUUUGGCUCAGACAAACGAAGCAGUGCGUCUCGCUAUUUGCGCAGUCUCAGCUCAACAUGCAUCAAGGAACUUCACGCCAUCAACUGUGUAUGAGAAGGAUAGAGACCAUGUCUUAUCAAUGAUUAUGCGUGGCGUUGACGACAUGACCGCGCAUCCCCAGCUUACAGUGACAGCCGAUACAGCAGAAUGGAUGCUUUCGUCAAUGAUGGUCCUGUCAUCCUACGAGCUAGCUCAUAAUGGCGGUGCAGAUGCUGCUGACUUCCAUCGAAAGGCGGCGCGUGCGCUAGUCAACACUUUAUCCACCCUAGACUUUCCAAAGAGUAGCCUUUUCGGCUUUUUGCAGAAUCAGCUUUCUAUGUAUGAUAUCUUCGCAAGUACUACUAUCCUUGAUGCGACAGAUGUGCAGGAUGCGAUUAGGCCCGUUGAGUAUGGUGAUGAUCGGUCAUUCUCUGCGUAUCUACUACUACUUCAUGAUGCGACGCUCAUAUCUCGAGAAUGUUCGGCUGGGGACUCAACUCGCGAUUGGAGGGCGGAGUUUAUCCAAGCACGAGGGGAGACGUUGAUGGAAGUUGGCAGCAGCGGGAUAUGCUCGAGUGCUGAUCGGGGGGACUUUAUACGGCUUGUUGAUGCCUACCACAAUGCUGCGCUGUUAUACGCUGCACGAUGCCUUGGUCAUCAAUAUGGCCCGGAAGAAACAGUUUGUCUCUCAGACUUGUUUCGACUACUGAGAGGUAUGAAGAAUCUACAUGGAUGUAUCCAUAACCUCGCAUGGCCAAUCUUCAUUGCCGGGACAGAGUCCUACGGAGUUGACGACCAACAACUCAUCGUGAGAGACCUAUACAAGAGCUUGUCCGAGGUCACAGGCUUUAAACACCAUGGAGACGUUCUCACUUUUCUAGAGACAUUCUGGGUCAGUGGAGAUUCAGAUUGGCGCAUACUAGCGAAGCAAUGGGGAGACCACGGUAGAAGAAUCCUAGCUGUUUAA